AUGCCAGCGGUGUUCAAGGCGCCGAUGCGUAGUGAUGUUUUAAACUUCGUUCAUGAUAGUUUACGUAAAAAUUCGCGUCAACCAUAUGCUGUGAGCUCCAAAGCUGGCCAUCAAACGUCAGCCGAAUCGUGGGGUACUGGUCGAGCUGUUGCUCGAAUUCCUCGUGUACGUGGUGGUGGUACUCAUCGCUCCGGUCAAGGUGCUUUUGGGAACAUGUGCCGUGGAGGUCAUAUGUAUGCUCCUACCAAAGUUUGGAGACGUUGGCAUCGUCGCGUCAAUAUCCAACAAAGACGCUUUGCUAUGUGCUCAGCUAUCGCCGCUACAGGCGUCCCAGCUCUGGUCAUGGCUCGUGGACAUCGCGUAGACAAGAUUCCAGAGCUUCCAUUGGUUGUGUCCGGAGACGUCGAAAAGAUUAAGAAAACAAAGGAGGCCGUAAAAGUACUAAAGAAACUUAGGGCUUGGUCAGAUAUUCAGAAAGUCUACCAAUCUAAAAGGAAUCGUGCGGGUCGUGGUAAAAUGCGAAACCGUCGUCAUAUCAUGAAGCGCGGUCCUAUUGUUGUGUACAAGAAGGACGAUGGAAUUACGCGGGCGUUUCGUAACAUUCCUGGAGUUACUCUCUUGAACGUAAAAUACCUUAAUAUACUCAAACUUGCUCCUGGUGGUCAUAUGGGGCGCUUUACCAUCUGGACUGAAGGUGCAUUUCGUACACUGGACAAGCUGUAUGGCACCUGGAAAACUGGCAGUACCAUGAAGAAUGGUUUCCAUUUGCCUUCAUCCAAGAUGACCAAUACUGAUCUUAAUCGUCUUCUAACGUGCCGUGCCAUUCGUAAUGUACUUCGUCCUAGGCGAAUGGAUCAUCAACGAAAACGCUCCCACGUCAAAAAGAAUCCCCUUAAGAACAUGCAGGUUCUUAUCAAACUGAAUCCGAACGCCAUCUCUGAGCGCAAUGCGCGUAUUGGCCAACAAAGGGCUGCUUUGAGGCGGAAGAAUGCAAAAUCGAAGUCGGCUCCUCAAAAGGCGAUAAAGGAGGAAAAGAAAGAUGUUAAAGCGUAA